CAAGGCAGCGGAGUGGCCUCAAAUCUAGCAUCUCCAUCCUGUACUGUCAAGCUAUCCGGCAUGUGGCUUAGAUCUGGGGUGGCUCAGACGAUCCGCAAAUGUGGCUGGUCGCAUUCCGGGGUAGAUUUGCUUACGUGAUGACAUCAAUGACUUCUCGCCACCCUGUGCCUAGAACUGUCUAUCGCGAAACGUUUGUGGGGCCCAAUCUCAGAUUAAUGUCUUUGUUUUGGUGUCAAGCUAUCUUGCUAGCAAGUUAUAUUGCUAUACAGCUCUGUCCAACGUUAUCAGCUUCGAUGUCUCCGUACCCGUAGCUACUGUAUAUUGGAGUGGAGCGAACCAGCGGAGUGGGCGGUCGGAAAGCGAUAAUGAAAUGGAUGGCCGGGCGCAUACCUAUCCAUUUGACGGACGAAAGGCGGC